AUUCACGAGACCAACGUGCCCUCCCAAUCACAUAUAAACCCCACAAAGACUCACCACCUUUCCACAUUUGCCAUCUUGAAAACCCAAACCUAAAUCGCCCUCGAAAUGGCCGAGCCACACUGCCAUGCCAUGUCCGAAACUACCCGUAGGAAGGGCCCCGGAAAACGAGCCAACAUCUCCGUCGAGGCCGAGUCGGUGAUGGUACCGGAAGUGGCCCCGGCCCCAGCAGCACCGUGCGGUGCGUGCAAAUUCUUGAGGAGGAAGUGUAUUAGUGGGUGCAUUUUCGCACCCCACUUCGGCUCGGACCAGGGUGCAGCGAAAUUCGCCGCGGUUCACAAGGUUUUCGGUGCUAGCAAUGUUUCCAAGCUCUUGCUUCACAUCCCCGUGAACCGGCGGCACGAUGCGGUGGUCACAAUAUCCUACGAAGCUCAGGCCAGGCUAUCGGACCCGGUUUACGGUUGCGUCUCGACCAUACUUUCUUUACAACAGCAGGUAGCAUCGUUACAAGCCGAGCUAGCGAUGGUGCAAAAUCAGCUGAUCAACAGUCGAUUCGCAAUGGCGAAUGCCCUUCAAAGCUCGCAGCAACAGCAACAGCAACACAAUCAUCAUCACCAACAACAUGAACAACAUAUGGCAUUGCUUCGACCAGCAUACUCGAACAAUUCAUCGGCAUCUAAUAAUCUCAUAAACAUAAGCAACUUCGUCUCCAAUUUCGAACUUGUGGCCGAUACUAGCACCACUGCUCCUAAUUCUUCUCAAAGCAUGGACCAUCUUCAGCUCUCCAUGCCGUGCCAUGACGACGAGGACGACGAACAAGAUAGCCGGAUUCCCCCCAUUUACGCCAAUCAAAUCAUUCAUCGUACAUAAUCUUUAUGAUAUCUAAAUAUCUAUCUAUCUAUCUAUACAUAUUUUCCCUUUGAAAUAGAUGAACUUAUGAAUUUAUUAUUUGAUAGACAUAUAUGCUUGGAGUUUCUUUUCUAUCCAAUGA